CCUGCUCGCAUAUUCUAAGGUACUGUGUGAUCAAGAACGAAUUUCUAGUGGAUUCACCACCGGCGCUACUACGAUUUCUAUUUAAGGUUGAGAUCAAGGAUCCUGCCACCAUUUACAUCGCACCCACUGAUUAAUUUAUCCAGGUUUACCAUAGGGGAUCGCGGCGCCACUUGAUGUCUUCUUCCCGUCAGAUUGUUGCGAGUGCCGGUCUCCGAUCGAGCCCGGGCUCAAAUGUAUUUUCUGAUAUUUUUUUAAGGCAGAUUUUAUUUAGAGGCGGCGCUUGCAGGCUCUGAGCAGCGUCGUAGCGACACUUUCUCUUCCCCAGUCAGUGUUUGGUCAAGAGCACAGUUGGAGCUGGGGGGUCGUGUGGAUUUGGGGGGUGACUGCUUGUUUUUUUUUUUGCUAUUUCCCCGUUUUUUUUUUACUUCCCCCUUCUUUCUUCUUCUAUUUUGCUACAGUUUUGGUGUUUUUUGCCUAGAAAUUUGUUUCCAUUUCGGGAUUUUCUUUUGGAUCAUGAACAAACUAUACAUCGGGAACCUGAGCCCUUCAGUGACUGCCGAAGACCUGAAGCAGCUUUUUGGGGAGUGGAAGCUCCCUCUGUCCGGUCAGGUCCUGCUCAAGUCUGGAUAUGCCUUCGUGGAUUUCCCUGACCAAAACUGGGCCAUUAAAGCGAUAGAGGCUUUGUCUGGCAAAGUGGAAUUGCAUGGGAAAGUGAUUGAAGUCGACUACUCUGUCCCUAAAAAGCAAAGGAGUCGAAAGAUUCAAAUCCGGAACAUUCCUCCUCAUCUACAAUGGGAGGUGUUGGAUGGGCUUUUAGCGCAAUAUGGCACAGUGGAAAAUGUGGAACAAGUAAACACAGACACGGAAACUGCAGUUGUAAAUGUCACAUAUGCAACGAAGGAACAAGCCAAAGUGGCAAUCGAGAAACUGACUGCACAUAAGUUUGAGGAUUACUCAUUCCGAGUUUCCUAUAUCCUGGAUAUGGAUGCAGCACCAUCUCCUCCUGUCCAGCGAUCUCGCCGUGGAGGGCGGCAGACACGUGACCAGGGCACUUCUCAGCCUGGCACUUCAGGGAGCCCCUCUGCCUCACGCUUAAAGCAACCUGACUUUCCCUUGCGCAUGCUUGUCCCCACACAAUUUGUGGGUGCCAUCAUAGGGAAAGAGGGACUCACGAUCAAGAAUGUUACCAAGCAGACCCAGUCCAAGGUCGAUAUCCAUAGAAAGGAGAAUGCUGGAGCGGCAGAGAAACCCAUAACCAUACACUCGACACCUGAGGGUUGUUCCUCUGCUUGCCGUAUGAUUCUGGAGAUCAUGGAGAAAGAGGCCAGUGAGACUAAAACAGCUGAAGAAAUUCCUUUGAAAGUUUUGGCUCACAACAGCCUCGUUGGGAGACUAAUUGGCAAAGAAGGUCGAAAUCUCAAGAAAAUUGAGCAAGAGACUGGGACCAAGAUCACUAUCUCGUCUUUACAAGACUUAACCAUUUACAACCCAGAGAGGACCAUUACUGUGAAAGGCAGUAUAGAAUCUUGCUGCAAAGCUGAAGUAGAAAUAAUGAAGAAGCUCAGAGAAGCCUAUGAAAAUGACAUUUCUGCAAUUAAUCAACAAGCCAACUUGAUCCCAGGGCUCAAUCUCAAUGCUUUGGGUAUUUUCUCAACUGGACUGCCAGUCAUCCCGUCUGUAGCUGGACCCCGUGGAGCAGCCUCAGCUAGCACCUCUGCUUACAGUCCCUUCCUUAGUCAAUCAUCAUAUCUGAGUGGUCUGUACGGGGUCCCUCCAGCCAGCAUGGUAUCUCACCAGCACUCAGCCCCUGAACAGGAAGUUGUAUACCUGUUCAUUCCCACUCAGGCUGUUGGGGCACUUAUUGGGAAGAAAGGUCAACACAUCAAGCAACUGGCGAGGUUUGCUGGUGCUUCUAUUAAGAUCGCUCCAGCUGAAGGACCAGAUGUUACUGAGAGAAUGGUUAUCAUCACUGGAACCCCAGAGGCUCAGUUUAAGGCUCAGGGUCGGAUUUUUGGAAAGCUGAAGGAAGAGAAUUUCUUUAGUCCAAAGGAAGAGGUGAAAUUACAGGCCCAUAUCAAGGUACCAUCAUCUGCAGCUGGAAGGGUGAUUGGCAAAGGAGGGAAAACGGUUAAUGAACUACAGAAUCUCACUAGUGCCGAGGUGAUUGUACCGCGGGACCAAACUCCAGAUGAAAAUGAUGAAGUCUUUGUAAAAAUUAUUGGCCAUUUCUUUGCCAGUCAGACUGCACAACGAAAGAUCAGGGAGAUAGUACAGCAGGUCAAACAACAGGAACAAAAACACCAUCAGGGAGCUCCCACGCCGCACCACUCCAAGUAAGCACCAGAGUGGUGCCAGUGAGCAACAGCUGAUGAAUGUAGCCCUUCCAACCGAGGAGAAAGACAGACGUGAUGAGACAGACCAGAAGAACGGGGAACAAAACCAAAGAACAUUACUGGGAUAAAUGUGCCAGCUGCAGGCUGGGUCUGCAUUAGUUAACUGUGCAGAGUGAGAGGAUUUUGUCUAGUAAUCACACAAAUAUUAAGGGGGGCAUCUGCAGUCUUUCCAGAUAAAACAAAAACUCUGUCACGAUACUCUAUAACGCUAUCCCUUUAGUUGGACUAACAUAGGCCUAAGUUAAACAAACAAAAUGAACUAAAAUAUGUGCACGGGAAGAAUAACAACUUGGAUUUUGGCUUUUUAGGUCACAAGUAUUUUUAGCCUUAGCAGUAUUAAUUUUAUAUAUGUAAAAGUUUUAUAUAAAUAAAAAUUUUAUAUAUAUAA